AUGACACCAUUUUCCAAAAUGCCGUCUUUCUUGCUCUUCAUCGCUCUCUGCUCUCUCAUUUCCUUCAAUGCUUUGUCGGAAUCUAACGAAGAUCGAGUGCGAGAGCUUCUCGCCUUUCAAUCCAGAUCCAAAUCCGGUGUAAUUCACCUCAAUGAUAAAUCCGUCUCUCGAUUCCUCACUUCCGUCGAAACCCCAAGACCCUACUGGGUCAUCUUCGUUUUCGACGCCGUUCUACUCCAUAACAAAUACGAGCUCCGCCUCAAAGAUAUUCUCCGUGAAUUCGAACUCGUCGCUUCCUCCUACAUCGCCAACAAUCAACACCCGUCUUCCCCUUCAUACGCGAAAUUGUUCUUCUGCAAACUCGAAUACACAGAAUCGAAAGCGAGCUUCUCUCUCUUCGGCGUCGAUGCCCUCCCUCACCUUCGCAUUGUUGCCCCUUAUCAUCAAAGCCUUAGCGAGUCAUAUCAGAUUGAUCAAGGAGAUUGGUCCCGUCUCGCUGAAUCCAUGGCUGAAUUCAUCGAAAUGAAGAGCGACCUCACGGUGGGUCCCAUCCAUCGACCCCCUCUCAUUUCCAGAAACAAAUUGAUAUUAAUUGGAAUCGGAUUCUUGACCUGGUUACCCUAUAUCUCAAAGAAGAUCACUGCGGGUCAAACAAUUUUUCAUGACCCGAAAGUUUGGCUAACUGGAGCUGUGUUCGUGUACUUCUUUAGCGUUUCAGGGGCGAUGCACAACUUUAUAAGGAAGGUGCCUUUGUUUUUGGUGGAUCGAAAUGACAGAUCGAAGUUUACAGUAUUCUACAGGGGACCAGGAAUGCAACUUGGGCUAGAAGGUUUUUGUGUGGGGUUCUUCUAUACAGCUGUGGGUCUGUUAUUGGGUUAUGUGACACAAGAACUGGUGAAGGUGAAUAAUAUGGCGACACAGAGGAUGAUUAUGAUCUUUGUGCUCUUGUUCUGUUUUUGGGCAGUGAGGUGGGUGGUGUUCUUGAAAAAUUGGAAGACUGGUUAUGCUGUUCAUGGAUAUUGGCCUUCAAGUUGGAGAAGAGAUUAG